AUGGCCUGCCCUCCACAAGAUGCUUUCCAGAUCGGCUGGAUCUGUGCUCUCCCGAUUGAAGCUGCUGCUGCUGGUGAAAUGCUCGACGAGAAGUUCGGGAUUCUCGAGUCACAGGAUGCAGCAGAUUCAAAUACCUAUACAUUGGGUCGAGUUGGCAAACACUACGUCGUGAUUGCCUGUCUCCCCGGUGGCCAGUACGGGACUACCGCAGCCACUGCAGUGGCAAACAAUAUGCUUCGCACUUUCUCCAAGCCACUUCGAAUUGGAUUGAUGGUCGGUAUCGGAGGAGGUAUUCCUUCGGGUCUUCAUGAUAUACGCCUUGGCGAUAUUGUGAUCAGCUGUCCCCAGGGCACAUGUGGUGGAGUGAUUCAAUGGGAUAUGGGAAAGGUUGUUACCCGGGGUGAAUUUGAACAAACUGGGUCUUUGAAUAGCCCCCCGAGGGCGCUACUUACAGCAAUCAGCAUAAUGCGAGCUGCUGAGCUAACCGAUGACCCUCAAUAUCUGGAAUACCUUCGUAACGCGACUGAAAGAAACGCACGAACACGGAAAAAUUUCUCGCGGCCAAAAACAUUUGAUCGACUAUUUAAGACAGAGCAUGAGCAUCCCACGACCGCGAGUAACUGUGACGGAUGCCUUCAGGAAUGGGAGGAGCUAAGAGAUGAGCGCGAGAAUAGUAACCCCCAAACAUUCUACGGUAUCAUUGCGUCCGGAAACUCCGUCAUUAAACAUGGAGCGACAAGGGAGCAACUGAGAUCCCGGACAGGGGCUUUAUGCUUUGAAAUGGAGGCAGCUGGUCUGAUGUUGGACUUUCCCUGCAUUGUUAUUCGUGGUAUCUGCGAUUAUGCCGACUCGCAUAAGAAUAAGGAGUGGCAAGGAUAUGCGGCUCUAGCAGCGGCAUCGUUCACGAAGGAGCUGCUAGGGUAUAUUCCGGUCGGCCAUGUUUCGCAGGAGGCACUAGUAGUAGAAAUCUGUAAGGCAUAA